UUAUCUAACCUAGAACCUGGCUUGGCAAGCUUCCCCUUGAAUGGGGGGGUGAUUAAUGCAAACGUUUGCUGGAACCAACAUCUCAACGUCCAACGGACAAAGGGAUCAAGCCACUUAUCGUUCUUGCUUCCGUUCUUUCUUUUCUGCGCUGUUUGUUUGCUUAGAACAGACGAUCACAUUUCGCUAGCCUGCCAGCGCGUCACCAAGCGGGGAACCCGGCUUUGCGUAGUAUUUUCGCUACGGGACCGUUUCAAACGUGCCCCAUCGCACGGUGAGCGAAACGCACCGUCAUCGAUUUGCUGCUUCUCCCCAUCAACCCCGGAUGCAGCGCUACGGCAAAUGCUAUCUCAAAAAAAAAAAAAAAAAAAAAAAAAAAAAAAAAAAAAAAAAAAAAAAAAAAAAAAAAAAAAAAAAAAACAGCAGCAAACCACAACCAGCGACGAUGGCAGGAAUGCAGCGCAACCUAUCGCUUGCUCCGUUCGCUCUCGUUGAAUGAUUUUCGAUGACGCUGGUUAAUGUUAUCGCUUUUCCUUUUAACGGCUGUGCUUUACAUUCAGACGCUGGCAAAGGUGAGGCGCGUCGAGCUAACGCCCGACGGUGCGAAGCGAAUGUGCGCGGUAAGUUCAAUCGGCAUGGGUCGGACAGAAAACAUUUUGUCCUUCGCACGGUAGGCACGGUCCGGCAGAGGAGAAGGACGGUUAGCGUGGUCCCACGAUGCGUGCACCCGUUCGUCGUAAAUGGGAAUCGCAAGUAGACAGGCAAAUCAACAGUGUGUGUGUGUGUUUGUGUGCGGGCGCGCCCGCAAACAUUUAUGGUUUUAUCGUGGCUGAAGAAGAGUGGCAACCGUUUUGUUGCUGCUGAGCGUCCCUACCCUACCGAGACCGCCUGCUGUUACCGCAAGCAUCGCAUAAAACUGCUCGCCCCCCCUUCCCGAGGCAAGCACUAUUUCCGUCCGUUGUGUCCCGGCUUUGCUCGUCGAUCGUUGCCAGCGCGCGCGCGCGUUAGCAGAACGUGCCGUCGUGGCGUGCAAUUCGAUCUACAUCCUGGCUGGAUCGAAUCAAGAGCGAGUCGGGCACGUCUCGGCUGCCCUUAACCUCGCAUCGGUCGCAACAAGCAUCGCCCAGCGGCCAGGGCCGGCACAAUUGGCGUGCGUGGCAGGAUGUGGUUUAUCGGUUUGCUCCCCUCGUUCGUGUUCGUUCCGUCGUUCAUUUGCAAAGCGCGGCACGUAUCACGGGGAGCAAAAGUGUUGAAAGAUCCACCCCCCCCCCCCUUGCCAAAAGGGGGAGUGCAAACGAGAAAAGUGGCCCAGGUGCCGAGGUUCAGUAUUGUUUUAGCUUUUGCCCGUGCCAGUAGCCAACUAUUCCCGCAGUGGAAGCCAAUACAGUGUGUCGCGUCGUGCACAAGUGUUCCACUGAAUCUGUGUGUGUGUGUUUUUGAGUGAGAGUGUAUACUGAUCACCUACGUUUGCGUUGGAAAAACGAACAGCCGGGAUUGCGAUUGUUCACUCUUGCGAAGGUAUGGAAGCGUUAUAGUUGGGUUGUUGUUAGGGACAGCAGUCGAUAAUGUAAUGUGCUUCGGUACUGAUCUGGUGAUCUGUGCAAUAGUCCGGCUGAUAGAGCAACCUACUGUGAUCGCUAUCGGUACAGAGACUUUGAUCACACAGCAUAGUGCGGGCUAGGUGGCUGAUUGAUAGUUGGAGUUUUGGAACCGCGCCUAGGUCGCUCCAUCAAACAGGAACAAUUAAAGUGCGAAAUCAAAGAUCAGUGGAUUAGAUCAAAACUCGUUUAUGGCAUCAAAACUAAAUGAGUCUGUGAAAGCUGGCUAUUUUUUUUAUUGUCGUUACAAAACAAGCUACCAUGUCAUGAGCUUUUAUUAGUUUCUUAGUUAAAUAGACGAACGAUUUUUAAGCGUAGUCCUUUUGCAGGAACUUUGGCCUAAUUGUUGGAACAUUAGUUAUAGGAACCAUUUCUGAAGAGACCCUUGUGCAGAAGUGAACUUCUUCAGGUUCAUCCUCAUAAUUUUCACCAAUUAUUUUGAACAGAUUGUUUCGUUCACCCCUAUCGCCCGUUGCGUUGUGCAGUUUGUGCUUUCCAUCCCUGUCGCUGUGUGUUUGAGCUUUUGUUUUUGUGCUUUGCCAACAAGUGUUAGCCCGACGAAUAUCAUGCCGUUUUAUGCGCUUGUGCAUGCUGAAGGAGAGCCUAGCUCGUUCGACCAGAAGGAGGAAGCGCUGGCCGCCCUGCGCGAAUCCCAGGAGGGGCAGCUUCUACCGUUCCAGGACAAACCAUCGCUGGACAACUUUCUGGCCAAUCCGACGGAUGGGUAUGAGGCUAGCCGCGGGCUGACGGGCAACGCGACCCAACCAGUCAUCACGCACGUUACGCCGUCGCCGGCGCUGCAGCAACGGUUCAUCAAGGCGGUUGGGAUGGGCGACUUGGGACAGGUGAGCAGCCUGGUCCGCCAGGUGCCCGGGCUGCUGAUCGACAGCACGGCCCAUCCGCGCCGGUUCGCUGCCGAGCGGCUGAACGCGCUGCACAUUGCCGCCCGGUACGGUGCGAACCAGGUCGGCGAGUUCAUCCUCGCGAUGGUCGCGUCCGGCGCGAUCGCCAAGGUGUACGCGGGCAGACGGAGCACCAUCCCGGACGCGGCCGUGCUGACCGUCCAGCUGCUCGACGACUAUCUCAACGGGGCGGAGAUGGACGCGGCCGAGACGCCGCUCCACCUCGCGGCCAAGUACGGCUGGAAGCCGAUGGUGCGCAUCCUGGUCGCCUACCCGCAGUGCGAGAUGAAGCGCAACAGCAGCGGACAGUUCCCGCAGGACCUGGUGUGCGAGAGUGCCACCCCGGAGCGCAACACGCACGAGUGCCGGCGGGCCAUCGACAAGCUGCUGCGCGACUCGUACUUCGUGCCGCUGAUACGCACCGAGUCCAACGUCGAGCUGCCGUACAUUGGCGAGCCGUUCGCGCGCCGCCAUCUACCCGACCUGGGCAACGUAGGCACGAUCCGGAAGUUGCGGUUUCUGCGCAUCAUCACCGCGUUCGCCGGGCCGAUGUCGCUGAGCGAGGCGCAAGCCUUCCGGCGGGAGUGGAAGACGCCGCCCCGCGUGGUCGUGCAUGCGAACGCGGGGCCCGGCACACCGACCAGCAGCUACCAGUACCGGUGCGAGCUGACCGGCCGGCUGUACGAUCGGGCGCACCGUCACCAGGCGGCCGGGAUCGGCGAGCGUGCAUUUCGCCGAGCGCACGUCGACUGCGCGAUGGAGCGCAUCGGCCGUUCGCUCGCCCGUACCAAGGGCGUCGAGUGGAAGGAGUACUGGGCGUUCCUGGGCGCCUAUCAAAACCUGAGCGACACUCAGGCACUGGCGAUCUUCGAGCGAUAUCUCGAACGGCAGGUGGAGGUGGCGCGCGCCCGCCCGGACCACGAUCCGGUCGCGAUCGGCGGCAAGCAGACGCAUCCGCAGAACCUGUGGGCGCUCUGCGCACUGCGCAACGUGUCGUACGAUGCGAGCACCUACCCGUUGGUGAGCCGCUGGCAGCGCAAGAUGCACACCCUCUAUGCGGCGCUGCUGAACAAGGACGGGGCCGAUGCGAAAUCGCCCAACCCGAUCGCGAACGUGGGCCGCAUCUCGUCCUAGGCGGUUGAGCCUGUUUGAUUUUUCGUUUUUAUUCCUUCCCUUGCCUACUGACAUUCCGAACUAUGAUCGAGUUUGCUGCAGCGGUGCAGCGCUUUUUGAAGAUUUGUUUUGUUUUAUUACGUAAUACAUUAUUUGCUUCAUUCAUAUCGAUACAUUAAGCGUUAUAUCAUACAAAGCGAAGGGAAAGAUUGAAAUGCAAUCAAAGCACAGUGAAUGAAGGCAGGGUAUACAGCGCAUAUACGCACAACAUACUUUGAAAACAAAGUUUAUGAAAGUUUUGAAAAUCUUAAAUCGUUUAUUUCUUUGAUGUUAAAAUUAUUUUCUGACAAUUUCUUUUCUUCAACUACUAAAUGGAUUUUUUUUUAUAAAUAUCAGACCGUCGUACUCAAAAUGUCAAAUUGUUCAAACGAACUUGAAUCUACAUUGAUGUCUAAAAUAGAGAUGUUUAAGCAAUAAGGCCUUUUUGGAUCGUUACUCCUGAAUAAAAAAAAUAGAGACGUAAACAAUGCACAAACUAUUUACUGCACACGGUACGCUAGUGGUUGCUAAGCGAGCAAUCGAAUAUAAAAAUAGCUUCUAAUAUCGCACCUUAAACUUUGUUUAUUUCAAUAAAGCAUACACACAGCGAACCGACAAACAACAAGGUUUUAUUUUUAUUUUUAAAUGGUUUUUAUUUUGAGA